AUGGCUGAGUUCUCUUGCAAGCAAACUAACCAUAAGCAUAUGUCAAGGUUUGAACCCAUACAGACAGAUUUAGAUUCUGUUGUAUCAACUGCUUGGCUAAGACCAGUUAGAUUCACUUCCAAUGAACCCAAUGAUUCAGAAACACAGACUCCUGCUGAGGCUCUUAACUUCAAGAGCUGUUUAUCUAACAAUUGCCCUGAAAAAGUGCUGAUGGCAGACCCCCACGGUCUUGAUUUGGUUGAAGAAGAAGAAGGAGAAGAAGAGCAGAUUAUACAUCAAACUUUCAAUUUUGAUCCUAAUAACCUGGGGAAUGAGGAAAAAUACAAAUCUGUCUAUUAA